ACAACAACAAAAAUAACAACAUCAACAACAACUACUACUACAAAAUAUGAUGACUUCAAUUAUAUGGACAAAUAUAGACAAAAUUUGGCGACUAUUGUCAUGUGAAUACACAGCUGUAAACGCAUACACAUUGUAAUGCCAUUGAUUUCAUACCGUGGCUCAGGUAGUGGGGCCCGAUUCUUUUUUGGUGUGAGUACGCGUGAGUUUCUGCGACCGCACACAUACGGUCAGGUCAACAAAAAUCCAAUAUACGGCUCAAUCAUUGUCAUUACAUCCAUAAUACUGGUGACGGUAUUUCUGUUAUUGGCGCCCAACUCCGUACAACCACAAGCCUCUUACAUAGCAUUUUCAUUGCUUCUCAUACUGCCCUUGGUUUUCAUAUUAGUCAUACUAUUCAAUCAAUUUAAGCGAAAAUAUUUGGCACAUCCAGUCCCAGACAUACACGCCGACGAUAUGGGCACCGGUAGUCACCAUCCGUUCUACGAGUUUGCCUUCAUCUCCAAAAACGAUGUCCGCCGGCAUAGCUCGCAGUCAAUGGCUGCUCAUAAUAGCGACCACAAGUUGUCCAUCAGUUCGUCGCCGACGCCGUCAAAAGUAUAUACAAUCACAAUACCGCCGCCCAGGAGGUCGCCAUCAUUUUAA